AAGAGAGGAGGGUCGCUGUUUGUGUGUGAGGAUUGUUUACAUUUGCUGCAGCACGUCGAAAUGAAUCCUACGAUGAUCAACUCGACCAACUCUGUUUCAACAACAAAAAGGAAGCGAGAGGCCGAGCGCUCUGUUAACUGGACAGUGGAGGAAACACAGGUGCUGUUGUGUGCCUGGAGCGACGAGCGAGUCCAGAAGAGUUUGGCAGAAAACCUCCGUAACCGCCAUGUCUUCAAACACCUCUCAGCCCGCAUGAGUGAAAUGGGGUUCUCUCGGAGUCCGCACCAGUGCCGCCUUCGGGUCAAAACUCUUAAGGCUAACUAUGUCAGAGCCAAACUGCAAAGGAGCGUUGACAGCUUGCAGCCCUGCACUUUUAAAUACUUUUCAGAGAUGGAUGCUGUGUUGGGCCGGAGGUCAGCGGGCAGUGAAGGUGGCCCCUGUUUUGUUUCUCCAGAUCGUGUGGCAGAACGUCACCCUGACUCCAUUGACAGGGCAGGAAGUAUCCUGCCAGAUUUAAAUUCUAAAACAGAGGUUGCUGGACACCACUUUGGCUUUUUGGGAAGGACAAGAAGACAACAUUUGAGCUCUUUAGAUGAGAAAAGAGGCCGACAGUCAUGGCAGCUAGACUCUGAAGUCAAGUUGGAGGAUGGCGAGAAUUCAACGGAUGAGUUUGAGUUCAGCGACGCAGGAUUGCCACAACAUCUUAAAGACAGACGCCAUGAGGUUUAUAUAGAAUCAUCCAUCCAUCAGGAAAUGAAUGGUACACCAGUGGACAACAGCUUGAGCUCUCCUUCUCCACAUGUUGUUCCACCUCCAGCUGCUCCUCAUCCCCCUCUUGCCCAGUCUCCUGCCUGUCCUCUCCCUGCACCCCCAGAUCCGAGCCCCACCACUAUUCCUGCCUCUGGCCACACUCACCCUGAAUCCUCCUGCCUGGAACCUGUCCUCAAGCACCUGUCGGAGUGCUUUCAACAGCUGGUGUCGGAGGCCAGGUGCCUGCUGGUGCAGCUGGAGAACCAGAGGCAGGAGCAGGCCCGCUGGCACCAGGAACUCCUGGCCCAGUGGCUGCAGAGGGAGGAGUGCCGGCAGAGGGAGAUGGCUGAGAGGGAGGAGAGGAGGGAGAGAGCUCGCAUGGAGCAUGAGGACAACAUGCCUCAGACUCCACCAUUCACAGGGCAGCUGAACUCCAGCAGCUACAACAAGAACCUGUACCAGACCAAGGAGGAAGGCUACCCCGGCCUCUACUAUCAUGACAACAACCUGGUGUCUGGGUCCCUGGAGGCCCUGAUUCACCACCUGGUCCCAACUGUAGAUUACUAUCCGGACAGGACGUACAUUUUCACCUUCCUGCUCAGCUCGCGUCUCUUCAUCCACCCGUAUGAACUCAUGUCCAAGGUGUGUCACCUGUGCAUGGAACAACAGCGUCUCAGUGAUCCCCAAGCCGACAAGACGAGAGUUCGGAAGAUUGCUCCCAAGAUCCUCCAGCUGCUGACAGAGUGGACGGAAACCUUCCCAUAUGACUUCAGGGAUGAGAGAAUGAUGCGCAGCCUGAAGGAGCGGACGCACCGGCUGGCCAGUGGAGACGAGGUUUACAGGAAGGCGUUUGGCCAGAUGAGCCAAGGUCUGAUCAGGAGGUUGACUGUGCUCAGCCAGUACGAGGAGGCGCUGGUUAAGAUCAACGCCACAGCAGCUGAGAGACUGACGGCUCUUAAAGCAAAGCCCCAGGCGGCCAUCCAGAGAGACAUGCUGUCCAUUUGCAAUGAUCCCUUCACUGUUGCCCAGCAGCUUACACACAUAGAACUGGAGAGACUGAGUUACAUUGGACCUGAAGAAUUUGUCCAGGCCUUCAUCCAGAAAGACCCUCUGGACAAUGAUAAGAGAUGCUUCAGUGAUCACAAGAAGGCCAGCAACCUGGAAGCUUAUGUGGAGUGGUUCAACAGACUCAGUUAUCUGGUGGCCACAGAAAUCUGCAUGUCUGUGAAGAAGAAGCACCGAGCUCGAGUCAUUGAGUUCUUCAUCGACGUGGCGCGCGAAUGCUUCAACAUCGGCAACUUCAACUCCCUCAUGGCCAUCAUCUCUGGGAUGAACAUGAGCCCUGUGUCUCGGCUGAAGAAGACCUGGAGUAAAGUCAAGACGGCCAAGUUCGACAUUUUAGAACACCAAAUGGAUCCUUCCAGCAACUUCUACAACUACAGAACAGCACUGCGAGGUGCCACACAGAGGUCGAUCACCGCCAACAGCAGCAGAGAGAAGAUUGUCAUCCCUUUCUUCAGCCUGCUCAUUAAAGACAUCUACUUCCUCAACGAGGGUUGUGCCAACAGGCUGCAGAACGGACACAUCAACUUUGAGAAAUUCUGGGAACUUGCCAAACAAGUGAGCGAAUUCAUGACGUGGAAGAAAGUGGAGUGUCCAUUUGAGAAAGAUCGCAAGAUCCUGCAGUACCUGCUGACUGCUCCAGUCUUCACUGAGGACGCAUUGUAUCUAGCAUCAUACGAGAGCGAAGGCCCUGAGAACCACAUGGAAAAGGACAGAUGGAAGUCUCUGAGAUCUACUCUGCUAAGCAGGGUCUAAACGGCUGUGCUGAAGAAACCAGAAGCAAGACAAACCCCUGACGAGUGAGCUGCGCCUGUCAGUGUUGCUUUGUCCAAACCAAGUAUCCCUGUGUUGGAAGGGAAACGACAAUCUGUGCUUUGGCUGGCGAGGACCUUUUGCGUCCCCCCGAGCUUCAGCUUUCUACUGAGCUCUGCUUUUCCUUGCCCUCUUGCUCUUUGUGCUGUAUAUUUCAGGACAGCGAUUUUUCUUCAUCUCUAAGACUUUGUCCUUUUUUUCUAAAAAAGGAAAAGCUACAAACAUAGUAAAAGCCAAGGGAGGUGCUUUAUCGUGAGCAUUAACGGCGUCACUGGGGCUUUGUUCCCCAACCAGGUUAACUGAAGCUACAAAGUUAGCUGCUGGUUGGCUAACGCAACAAACUCUGGUUCCACAAGCCAGCAUUCUCUGUACGGAGAAAUUAAACUUUAACCUGCAACACUGUUUGUCAUUAAGCUAGCAGCUGUCUGUAGUUUUUGUUUCCUAUUCUUCCUUUUGUAUCUCUGGCUUCAUUAUUGUGACAUGUAAGAAAAAGAUGCACUGGCUGAAAUUUAAAGAAGUAAAUGUUUGUUGUAGAAUGGCCGACACUUUCUUGUUGUUUUUCAUUAGUAAAAAUACUUUCAUGUUUUAUUUAUAAACUGCAGUCACAUUAUGUCUACAUGUCUAUACUUUGCUAUUUUA